UAAAAUAUUAUUUAUUAUAUAUACAUUAAUUAUAAAAUGAUUAGAUGGACCCACAGCGAAAAACAAUGCCUGGACCCAUGGCUCAGUCCAGUGUUAAGUCUGCACGGAAAAGUUUCGCAGUGACGAAUGCUUACGUUAAAAGUAACGCCGUGCAGAAAGAAAUUAUAUCAGUACACACUAGCACACCUCAAGUAGAACAAAAAUCUUUUAAAUCUGAAAAGAGUCAAAUAUAUCAAGGAGAAGUAAAUGUUCUUUCAAUUAUUGACACAACUAAAGAAAUAAUGUGCUGUAAGUACACAGAAGACAUGAAUGACGUCGCUGCAGGUUUUACUGACGGAACUAUCAGAUUAUUUGACUGCAAUACUGGAGACUGCUCACAUACAUUGGUUGACGACGAGUGCAGGGCGUAUCCUGGCCCAGUAACCGCAAUAAAACACCGUCCAGUUAGUAAGGCACACCCCAUAACAAAUAUGUUACUGGCUUCAUAUGUUAAUGGCUGUAUUAAAUGUUGGAAGUAUAAAUAUGAUCAAUGUUUGUACACUAUACGUGAGAAACGACAGACUUUGGGUCUCACCUAUCAUCCAAGAUAUACAAAAUUUAUCACAUAUGGAGAUGAUGCUAAACUAAACAUGUAUGAUGAAGAGGCACAGACUCAGGAAAGAGCUUUUUAUUCUAGCCAAAGAAAAAACAUAAUGGAUGGGCAUACCUCAAGAAUUUUUGCUUGUGCUUUCAAUCCAAAAUCACACCACGAGUUAAUAUCAGGUGGUUGGGACAACGCUGUCAUUUGUUGGGACGACCGCCAACCGUUCGCGACAAGAUACUUCUUCGGCAUUCACAUGUGUGGAGAGGGCUUGGAUUUUGAUAAGCCAGGGAAGCAGGUAUUGACAUGUUCAUGGCAGGACAAGGAGAACAUCCAAGUGUGGGAUUACGGUUCAUGUAAACUUAUAGAAACAAUAACUCCAGAUACUUACCAAACGAAGCUCUAUUGUGGGAAAUUUGUACCGCACACCAAUCUCAUGGUGUGUGGCGGCUCCGACACCAACCUGCUAAGAGUCGUUGACGUCAAUAUGAAAAUUACGGAAUGUUCAAUACGAAAUAAUCCUGGCGGCAUUUACGCAUUUGACUUUGGAACAAUUCGGCGAAAACCAAGAAAAGUACCCGAAACUUACAAAACAAUCAGCGAGAUCCAUAAUGUACCGCGCGUAGCGUUCGUCACAGGCAAGAGACUGCAGACCGUGGAUUUCGGCUGACGUCAAGAUCAGUGUUCAUAUGAAAUAUGUCUGUCAUUUUGUUGAAUUUUAUGUUUUUAACUCACGUGUUAUGUUAUAUAAGAAACUCA